UUACGUGUUUAUCUCACACAUCGCGAGAAAAUCUACUGAUGUGUUCUGUAAAAAUUUGUGGAAGAUUCUAUGUGUUUUAUUAGUUCGAAUUAAAAAUGUACAAAUCGUCCUCGUCAAAGCCCAAAUUCGCAAAUUUAGGUUUCUUUUUCGUGUUCGUGUCGGGUGCUUUGUUUUCAAUAUUUUUAUUUUCCUUGUAUAAUUUCGUUAUUAGUCUUAGAAAAUUUCAAAUAAAUCAUUAUCACGCAGCGGAGAAUAAUUUUCUACAAUUACGAGAUGAUGCUUCUUUAUUUCCGAUGCUGUUCAAAGACGAUGAAGAGUCUUUUAGUGGUGUGGUGAAUCGAAAGUUGCAGCAAACAGAAAAAGAUUUGUUAGAUGUAUCAAAGAAUGAAUUGGAAGCUCUGAGUUCCCUAAAAGUUGCUCUAGACAUGAAAAGUGAUGGAAAAGAAGAAAAAGCAAGUCGUCUGUUUCUUCAUGCUAUUGCCCUGGCUCCCAAACAUCCAGAAAUUCUUACAAAGUACGGCGAAUUCCUGGAACACACCAAAAAAGAUGUAAUUUCGGCUGAUGAGAUGUACUUUAAAGCUCUGAUUGUUGAUCCGAGACACCAAAGAGCUUUGGAAAACAGAAAAAGAACAUCACAAAUUGUCGAAUUGAUGGACUUGAAACGUCUAUCGAGGUUAGAUGAGAAACGGAAUGCUCUUUUAGGGGUUCACGAAACCAAUCCAGCUUUGAGAAGGGCGAAAAAAGAAGCGUAUAUUCAGCACAUCUAUCAUUCUGUUGGAAUCGAAGGCAAUACAAUGACUUUAGCUCAGACGCGUUCUGUACUCGAGACGAAAAUGGCAGUCGAUGGCAAAAGUAUCGACGAACACAAUGAAAUCAUUGGUCUCGAUUCGGCCAUGAAGUAUAUUAAUGCGUCACUGGUCAAUAAGCUGGAUCUUAUAACAUUAAAUGAUAUCUUAGAAAUACAUAAACGAGUACUUGGACAUGUUGAUCCCAUCGAAGGCGGAGUAUUUCGUGAAACUCAGGUGUAUGUUGGCGGUCAUAUACCACCUACUCCCCAAAAUCUACGUGUUUUGAUGGAUCGCUUUGAGAAUUGGCUCAACUCUGAGUAUGCCCUAUCCUUGCAUCCAGUGCGUCAUGCUGCUCUUGCACAUUACAAGUUAGUUCACAUUCAUCCAUUUACGGACGGCAAUGGAAGGACAUCUCGGCUCUUGAUGAAUUUAAUUCUCAUGAAAAAUGGAUAUCCACCCAUUAUUAUUCAAAAACAACAAAGACAUAAAUAUUAUUCCUUUUUGCAAGCAGCAAACGAGGGCGAUGUUCGACCCUUCAUGCGAUUUAUUGCCGAUUGUACAGAGAAAACACUAGAUUUAUAUUUGUGGGCUACAAGUGAUUUAUCACACCCAUUACCACUGCUUGCUCAAGAGGAUCAAGAUAGAUCAAAUUUAAUUGAAGAGUUCAGUCAAAUUGAUGAAAAUAAAAAUGAAUCAUCAGAUACAAUUAGAAUUUGAUACGAAAUGAGCCUAGGCAGUUUUUUAUUGAAUUUUCUUCCAGUGAUACUAUAUUUAUAAGAAACGACAUCAGCCAUUUUACAAAAAAAAAGAAAAUAAUAUAAACCGUACAGUACAUCAUAUAAUUUGAAUUGAAUCCAAUGAAUGUAUAUUUUUAAAGCAAAUCGAAAUAUGUAAAAAUGUUAAACAUUUCAAAGAAUCGUUGUCUGUGAUUUAUGAAAAUAAUUCUAGAAUAAAAUUUUAAGAUUGAAGAGUACAAAAAUUAAUAAAUUAUU